AACUAGUUCCACAGAAACUGAGUUGCAACAAGCUAACGAUAGUGACAAACGAUGCUGAUUAUAAUAUAUAAAUUCUUUUUGUAGUGUUUUGCUUUUACAAGAUCUUUAAAUGAAAAAUGUCACUCGCAGUUAUUGCUCUUCCUUUACUCUAUUUGUGUACAAAAUAUAAUUAAAUUGUGUUCCUAUCUUAAUCUCUCCAAUCUUACCAUGCGUGAGCUGUUAGGUUUGGUACCUGCUUGAUCGCGCAGCUAAGAUCAAAUCGGCCUAAUGAGAAGUAUUUAAAUAUCUCCUUGUUGAUAAUGGCGUUGAGGAACUAGUCUUUAUCGUAUCUGAAAUUUAUCAAUGAAAAAAGAAAUGAAAAAGGUAAGCAGAGCAACAUGAAGGAAGGCACAAAGCGUAAAACCAAUCUGUUGUUACUUUUAGUCGUUUUAACAAACGUGGCAACAUCAGCGAAUAUUGAUGACUUAAUCGAAGCAGUUUCCAAGGACACAACAUCUCUCUGGCUUUAUAAGAACAUGUUCCCAAACUUAGACUCAUUGCUACUUGACGAGAGUUGUUUGGAGCAUGGAAUAGCGAUUGAUGGAAAGAAGACAGUUGAAAGAAUUCAGCGGAUGGUAGAAUCAGCUCUCAAAGGUGAAGAUGUUACCAUGUUUGUACUGGGUGGUUCCUCGACAUUGGGGGCAGAUCUAGGAAAAGAUAACUUAAAACUCACUUAUCAUUAUGCCCUUGCUGAUUGGUGGAACAAGACAAUUGGUUCUGUCACUGGGAGCUACAUGCAAAGGAAAAUUGUUGCUGUUGGUGGAGUAGGCACGACGUAUUUCGGACAUUGCUGGCAAGAAUAUGUAAACACUGAUGAGAAAUUCGAUUUGGUCACGUGGGAAUUUGCUAUCAACGACCCAGAUUCGUUGCAAUAUGAUAAGGCUGUCGAGAGGUUUUCAAGAGACGUGCUAUCUAUGCAGUCUAGACCAGGACUUGUGUUUGUUAAUUUCGCAAGCAAAGGUAAAAUAGCCUCAAGUGCAGUAGAUAAAUGCAAAAGACAUGAAAAUGAGGCAAGAACUGUAGAUGAGAUGGCAAAGCAUUAUUUUAGUACUUCUAUAAGAUGGGAGAGAUCUUUGUGCGCCUGUAAGAAUCUAGACUUGAAAAAGAAUAUUGGGAAACUCUUUCAUAACAAUCAUCCCAAAGUAAUUGGCCAUGCACAGAUGGCAUAUGUAUUGAUAAACUAUUUCAAGAAAAGUAUUUUGGAUGGUUUAAAGAAACCAUCAACUCGACAAUUAUAUAUUGGCUAUAUGGACCCUGGGGGGCAAGCAAAUAUGGCUGCUAAUGGAUUGUACUCUAACAAUGCUAUACCAUCAUUGCUACCUGAGCCAGUUUUCAUGACCAAGGAAGACAUGAACAGUGCAUCGAAAUGUUUCACUUCCAUUACCCCUGGGCCAGAGAAUCCUCCAAAGCACGAGUUAGGGAGCCUCCCUGUUCUAUUGAAUAACGGCUUUACUAUGUUAGAGGAAUCUCCAUGGAAUUCAGUCCCUGAAAAGCGUUAUGACUCAACUGGAGGGUACAUAACACAAAACUCUGGUAGCUCCCUUAGGCUCAAGUUCCAUGUUCCAAGUAGCAAUGCUCUUUCAAUGUCACAAAUCUCUGUCACGGUGAGGAACAAAUAUUUUGGAGGAAGAGUUCGGUUUGUGUUGAAUGAUGGAACUGCAAAUGAAAAGAUUGUACAUGCUGAUACAUCCGAGAAAAAGAAGGCUGGGACAAAUUCAAUAGAGCUUGGGCAGGUUUCAGCUGGGAUGCAAACGCUAUCCAUUCAUACAGAAACCGGAGGGUGCAACCUCUGUGCUAUUAUAAUAGACUGAUCUACAAUAUCAACUUCAGUAGAAAAUUUUUAUAAGAUUUCAAUGAAACAUGUGAAAUGUUGGGUCAAAUUCAGUAAGAAAUAUAAACUAAUAAAAGCAAACAACAGGUUUGAUUUUUCAAAAUGAAGGGAGGAUAUUUUUUUUCUUGGAAUGAAAAACUAAAAUAUUCAAAAUAUUUUUAACACUGGCCCAGAACUUUUACGAUUAAGUUGAAUUGCUACAAUUUGGAAUAAAGUAAUUUUUCUUUUGCUUUGGUGCAAGUUGCCAAUGCUCUACGAUACAUUGUUUCCUCGUGUGAAAUAAUUAUAAGUGAAUCGAUUUCUAAUUUUGUCUAAAUUUGAUGAGAAAAUAGUAUAGGUGUGUUGCAAAUCUAUGAUUUUUGACGGCCUCUACAUAGCCAAAAGAUGAACAUGGGUGUUACCGAUGGGUAAAAUAGGUGUUUCUAUUGUGAAAAAGGCGUUUUCUAAAAGUAAAAGGAGAGUGGCCUUUUAUUCUGUCUGUAUAGUUCCUGCUGCCUGGUAGCUCGCACUAUUUCUUUCGAACAUAGCUCAGCUCAGAAGAAUGAAAAUGUAAUUCAUUCGCUGGCUUCACUGUGCAUUGUUGCGCAAGCCACUAGGCACUAGGCUGUCAGAAAAUGCCACUUUGCCAACAAGGAAAGCUAGUUUCUUCCAGUUGCAAAUGUCCAAGACUGACGUUUGGCUAUGUAAAGGUAGCUAAAAAUCAUUGAACCCCAUCGCAAAAAAAACUUCGCCAGAAUCUUACCCCCUGGCCCACUUUCUCCAUAAUGUUCUCAAAAAAAUUUACAAGCAGGGGGAAUUAGCCCCAGUCUCUCCUGUGCGUGCUACUGUUGCGUGAAGGUAUCAUUGCUCGCAUCCAGGCAUGUUUUUGAACUUUGGAGAUAGAUGUUACGAAAGGUUGUAAAAGACAUAAGCUUGAAAACGGCAUAAAAAGCGGGAACAUAAAGUCUUACAAUUUAUCAGUGCUUGUAAGAGAUGUUUUUAACAACUCAGUAUUUCGUUUGUAGCUUUAACGACAGCCUUCAAUUUUUAGGACUGCUUUGUGCUCUCACAUUGGUGUCUAGUGUGAGAUAGUAUUGAAACUUGGCUCUGUUGGAUGUUUUUUGGUGAUGCUAUCUCAAAUUCUUCUGGCUCUCGGUUUGUAAAAUUGCAUGCAGAGUAAGUUCCGAAAUCAACGCGAUUCAAAGAUUUAUGUUGCGAGUACAAUAAACUUCUUUUAUUAGUCACUUUAGAAUGAGUGCUCAUAUGUCAAAGGGUCAGAGGUCAUUGUAAAUAUUGUCACCUAGAUGUUUUCUCGUGUGGUCUUAGAAGAAAUCAGAAGGAUGUUGUGUGUUACCUUGUAUCUUGCAAUUUCGUCUUCUUUUGAGGAUGGGUAGUUUAUUAAGAGAGACAAAUUAGUUGUCCUUCACCUAAAAACUUUCUGUUGGAAGAAAUCCAAAAUGCUCACUUUAAUCGCUCAGCCCUG